AAAGAGCAGAAAGAGCGAGACCUGGAUGAGGAGAUCAGAGAGACGGAGAUCCAGAGGAGACAAGACGAGGAGCUGGAGGAGCUGCUGAAGGAGCUGAAGAGAAAACAGCUGGAGAAGAAACGCACCAAGAGCGAGGAGGAGGAGGAGGAGAAGAGGAAGAGCGAGCUGGAGCUGAUGGUGGAGAAGGAGAAGGUGGAGAAGGAGCUGAAGGAGCUGAUGGCGGAGCAGAUGAACGACACCGCCGGCUGGAGCAAACAGAAGGAGAAGGAGGAGAAGCAGGAGGAGCUGCAGGAGCUGGUGAGGAAGAUGGAGCGCGUGAAGGAGGAAGAGAGUCCGGAGAAGGAGCCGCAGCAGAAGCGGGAGAUGGAGAACGCCAGCGAUGAAGCCACGAGACAGUUCGAGAGAGACGGAGAGGAAGAGGAGGACAGACAGCGUGAGGAGGAGGAGGAUGAAGAUGAGGAGCUGCUGGAGAUCGAAGCUGAACUGAGGAAAGUGGCAGCGCAGCUACAUGAACUUCGCAGGGGUUAAACACACACACACUCAUGCAUAAAUAAAGUCAUUAUAAUGAGAUGAAACGCUCAGAAUAACACAUAAUGUAUGUAACCUCAUAGAGGCGGUGCAUUCGUCAGGCUUCACUAUUUUAAUUCAGAAAUGUAAUUCCCAUCAGACUAAAACGCACAACUGGACGAGCCAAACUGUCACACCAGUCACGCAUCACAAGCCACGCCCCUAAUCCAUCGCACAUGAAUAUUCAUACUUGUCAUUUGAAUAUUUAAACAUAUUGUAAUGCAAUACUGCAGUGAGUGGUACGAUUAACUCGAUAUAAUAAGACAAACGUGCACAUAUGAUGAAGUAAUAAUGUGAUUUGUGCUCUUGACUGUUACUGUAUAUGUAUAAUCUCUGAAACAUUCUGCUGUGUUUUAUACGCUCAUGUGAACAUGGCUGAGAACUGUUAUGACACACUGAGACUGUUCUGGGAUCAGAACACCAGUCCGCUUCCUGUUGAUCACCAAAUAUUCAGGAUAUCACAGGUGUGUUUGAUUUAAUAAGUGUGUUGCAGAGAACAAUCGUGAGUGUGUGUAAGGUGUGUGUGUGUGUGUGUGUGUUAGACAGGAAGCGUCAGUGUUCUUUCCCUGCAUGUUGCACUUUCCUGAAAGCAGCCAAUGAGAGCAGGUCUGAUCACAGACUCCGCCCACACACACACACAUUGUUGUUACUGAUAAUAUUUAACUGAUUUGAGAGGAAAGAAACAUAUGGAAGCUUGUUUCCGCAACGGAAUAAAAAAUAAAAACAGUAUUUGCGACCUUUUAUCUCACAAUUCUGCCUGUAAACUCAGAACUGUGAAGUAUAAAGUCACAAUUAUCCUUUAUUAUUUUUUUAAGCUUCCACAGAAACCAGCAAUAAGAGAAAGAGGAGCUGUUAUGUCUGAUGAAUACAUGCAGCGCUGACCGCAGAAUGAAUCUAAUAUUCAUUUUGAAUGUAAACAAAGAGUAGCUGAAGAUAUAUAAACAAUACAGUCGAAAGAAUAGUUCUGUGUCUUUAAUAUUUGACUUGAUAUUGUUUAAUAAAGAGCUGUUGACUGAA